AUCAGGUGUGUCACGCAUACAACAUCAGGCAUUAUGGCAGAUAAGAGAUGAGACCAACAGGCUUGGCAACAUCAGCCAUAGCAAGAACCACAGGCAUAACAAGAUCCGCAGUCAUAGCAGAAGCAACAGCCAUGGGAAGAGCAGGCAGCGUAGCAACAGCAAUCACAACAACGCAGACGCAAUAACAUUUUCAGUAGCCGUCCGUCUCAGUACUAACAGCAAAAUACGUAGCACGCUGAAUGAGCAGGAUUAUCGUUCCCAGGACGCAGGAGCAAAGCCCACAGCAGCAUUGCCGACGGCACCAGACCUAAGACUCAGUGUGUUGACUGGAGGAAGCCAAACCAGGGGUCGGUACGGCAGCAAUGACAGCAUGCGACGUGGCGGCGAUGGGGAGAGCACACUGCCACGCCGUGCAUCGUCCAUUGACCCUAUUCCCGAGUCGGAAGCCGACCCUCGCGGCUACGGUGCGGCUGCAGAAGUCAAUCCCGGUGUGGGAAAGGACAGCACGAUAUCGCCACUGAGGUCACCGCCGUCCUGGUACAGUGACGAAGCUGCGCUACCUGCCAGUCUCGCCAAUCAACAUCUCAGCCAGUACAAUAGCCUGGUCCGGGGAAAUCGAACAGACGAUGGCAGCUAUCAGCAUAUUUCAAGCAUUCCGUCCCGGUACAAUGAGCAGCCAGAUGGUGCCUCACGGGCCCGACACCCAGUUAAACGGCAGGAGUCUCAGGAACAGGAGGUAGCACUGGCGAUCAGGGGAAUGAACAGCCACUCACGACAGGCCAUUGCUGCCCAGGCCAUGGACCAUUCGGAAACCCCAUCAGGGAUCUUGGUGCCAUACCAGCCUUGGUCGGUCCCAUUUUGCAGAGAGAUGAAAAUUAAUGGUGCAGCACGCUGCCGUGGGUGUGCUAAGAAACAUGUCCUACGGUCCUCACAGCGUCCCUAAUAAGUAUGCUGUUUGUGAAGCAGGAGGCGUAGAGGUCCUAGUGCGGCUGUUGCGCAAUGCAAGGUCUGAAGAUCAAUUGACAUGUAUGGUAAAUGGCAUCGCUCCUCUUCACGGAGCAACCACUUGUCUGUGUCAUCUGCAAACGGUCCGAUGGCCGGUAAUACCCAGUCAUUGCCGAACUGACACACCUGGCCCGACUCCAACCAUCCCAGUCCAGCCGGUCAACACAGAUUUCCUGCCCGCAUCCACGUCCACUCCGCACCCCAAUGUCCGGCAAGAGAACGGCCCAAUGCCAGGAGUUACGACGGGCCCACUGCCAGGAAUUACGAUAGGCUCACUGCCAGGAGUUACGAUAGGCCCGCUGCGAUAUCCUCUGGUGGGCUUGUCCCCGCCAAUGUCGUGUUGCCCACUCAUUUCGGCUUCAAAGGAUCCACUACUCCGCCGCUUCAAGUGAACACCAGUGGAUCAGUUUCAUCUCUGGGUACGGAUGUGUCGGCUAGUACGGCUUUGACUACAACCUCGGGUGCGAGGCAACCAGUGGCGGCUGUGGUGUCUUCUACAGCGCUAUCUCAGCCACAGUCGCAGCAGGUUCUUGCUGAUCUUUAGCUUGCUAUGUGUUAUGCGUGUGUGCGCGCGCGGACGCGCACGCACAAUGCCAUGUGUUGUGCGGUUUGUGUGCGCCCGUGCACGAGCACAAUGCCAUGUGUUGUCUGGUGUGUGUGUGUGUGUGUGUGUGUGUGUGUGCGUGUGCGCGCACGCAUACGCACAAUGACAUGAUGAGGGUGAGGGCAGUGUCGACAGUGGAUUGGACUGUAAGUCCGACUGUGAAUCGGACAGUGAGUCUGAUAGCUAAGGCUGGUGGACCGCACUAUUGAAGUUUUUGAAUUAAUUUUGAAUUGAUUUGAAUUUGAAUUGUACUUUUCAACUCUGCAGCAAAUGACAAAUAAAAUACUACGCUAUUAUGUACAACAUCUUCCAUAUCGCUCGUUUGCCAAGAUCGGCUUAUGAUCGCUAUCACUCUGCCGUUUUCCGAUAUCCUUUGCUUCGCUCGUGCUAGCUCUCUUCCGCUGGUGUUGCCGAGAUAGUGUCCCAAUAAAUAAAAUCCUCUCGUAUGAAAGAUCCGUGUUUGGGGGUAAUUUUCAUCAAAUUUUACAACAAAUCAACCCUGUGCCAUCUCUA